AUGCCAAGCGUAUUUUCUGUUGCAGAUAUCAAGUACAUUUUAGAUCCGACCUUGAAAUCUUGGAUUUUACAGGGACAUACCAAUUUGGGGACACCAUUCCAAGUGAUUGACGUACGAGACUCUGAUUAUGUUGGGGGCCAUAUAAUCAACUCUUUGCACAUUGAGUCCAAUAAGUUCAAAAACGAAGAGAGCGCAGAAACGCUGUCGAAUUUGUUGAAGAAACUGAGGGAAAAUGGCCAGAAUACUGUGGUUUUCCAUUGUAUGUUAAGCCAACAACGUGGACCAAGCAGUGCAAUGAGAUUCUUGAGAUACCUCAAUGAGAGGACCAGCGCCUCAAAUGACCAAGAUGAAAUUUCCUUCAUUGAAAAUAUGAAGGUAUGUGUUCUUCGUGGCGGAUUCGGGAAGUGGCAGCAAGAGUAUGGCGAGGAUCCCCAGUUGACAGAAAAUUACGCCAAAGAUGUUUGGAAGUAUGGGUAUUGA